UAUGGGCCCUAAAUUUUCCGUGACGUAGGCGGACGAAGAAGAAAGGUCGCCAUUUUUUGCGGACGCAAGGAAUUUUUGGGAGCAGUUUUUCAUCGAAAACUCUGCAAAUACGACCAUAUCAUUCGAUCGGACUACCACAUCUUGUUAUCUAAACGCAAAGCGUAAUAUUCUGAGGAAUCACCACGGGAAGAUUUGAGGAAAAAGUCGCGAAAAUGCCGCGUUCGCGGAGCCGUAGCGGGUCCCCCGGCUCCAAGCACAAGAAGCACUCCAAACACAAGAGGCGAAGCCGUGACCGCUCCCGAUCUAAGGACAGAAAACACAGGUCCCGAUCGCGGGAGAGGCGUGAACGGGAGAGGGACUCACACCGGGGGAGCAAGCGACCGUCUCGGGUCCGUUCCAGAUCGCCUGUUCCCCGGCGAUCCAGGAGUUCCAGCCCGGACGAGAGGGUGGACAUCUUCGGUCGGAUCAUCAAGCGACGGACGCCAUCCGAGGAACGCAGAAGAAAGGAGGAGGAAGAGAGACUGGCCGAGUUAGAACGGCAGAGAAAAAUACGGCAACAAGAAAUUGAGGCCAGGCUCGUUGAGGAAGAAGUUGCCAAGAGAGUGGAGGAAAUGGUUGCAAAACGCGUAGAAGAGGAGCUGGAAAAACGGAAAGACGAGAUCGAACGGGAGGUGCUCCGACGCGUUGAAGAAGCGAAAAAAAUCAUGGAACAGCAGAUGCUCGAAGAGAUGGAACGUCAAAGGAAUGCCGAGGUGGAAGCGCAGAGACUGAAAGAGGAGGAAGAGAGCAAAAAACGUGCGGAACUUGAACGUAUCAUGAUUGAGAACAACCGAAAAAUUGAAGAAGCCCAACAGAAACUGGCUGAGGAACGGCUAAAAAUGAUCGAGGAGCAGCGUAAGAUCCACGAGGAGAAGCUUGCAUACGAGCGCGAGAAAAUGAAGCAAGUAAAGGAGGAACAGAAUGUAGUUCUGAAUAAGAAGAACAGUCGGCCCAAGCUGUCCUUCUCUCUGAAGCCAACCUCCUGAUCGGUUCACUGCACCUUUGCCUUAAUGUCAGAGACUGGAGGGGAGGGGAUGUAUGGUUGGGUGGGGUUGGGAGGGAGGGAGAGGGAUGUCGAGAUGGAGAAGGUAGGUGUUCCGUAAAAAUCGUUCUCACUGUGAUUCACCCAAAGAUAAACCCGAAAAUGUAGCUGACCGUCGGUAGAUAUGGUACAACUCGUUGGGAAGACUUGACGUAAUAUUACUUGGCGUGAUACUUAAAUGGCUCUGAAUGUUUUCCCGAACGUUUACUACACGUGACAUGAGAAUGUGGGCGUGACAUUUUCCGUACCUCUGCAACGUAAGCCAAUCAAUGUACUCCUGUUACAAUGAAAAGGUUGGGAUGGGGUUUGUCAGGAACUUGUUUUUUGUAAUAUCAAAAUGGACGGCUUUUCAUGUCAUCUAACGUGUGGUGGUUGAAUAAUUUGAAUGAAAGCAAGAAGAUUUCCUGACUAGCCCUGCCUCAGUUUUUGAAGAAAUCAAUUCUUAAUUUUACGUAAAUAUUUCAGUUUGACAUUACAUUGAGAGGGUAUGAUUAGCCAUUCCACCUCCUGAUGCUUUGUUCAUCUAAUGCUAAUUUUGAUAGUUUUAUUUCCGGUCCACAUAGAAAUAGGAAUUUUAGGGUUUUUAUUCCAUGGCAUUGUGGAAAUAAGACUAAAAUGAUCUCUUGGAGAAAUGACUGUAUUGUGUGUAGUGAUACAGAGUGGCUUGAAAUGAACAUUCAACAUUGUCAUUCAUUUGUAGGAAAAUUAGUGGGGGUAAAAUUGUCAAAAUUAGUGCUAGAUCAGCAAACAUAAGGGUCAUGUGAAUAAAGGAUGUUAACCGGAAGAA